AUGGCAGUCCUGGUGGCGGCAGAGAGGCACCUUUGGCUGACCCUGUCCGACAUGAAGGAGAAGGACAGGGUCGUUCUUAUGGACGCCCCAGUGGCUCCUUCUGGCCUGUUCGGCAACGCGGUAGACUCUGUCAUCGACAGGUACCAACAGGCUCGUGCUCAGGCUGCGGCCUUUCAGCGGUUUCUCCCUCGUUGCUCUCGUGGGGCUGCCGGGCGGGGGCAGCCCCCUCCGUGUACGGUCGCCUCCCAUAGGGAGGCGCAGAAACAGAGCGUCGCCUCCCGUGCUCCCCCGAGGCGGGACCGGGAGUCUCGACGGCGCUCCAGGCCUGGUCCCUCCGACACUAAAACGGAUCUGAGGACUGUUCUUCUGGCUGCUGAGGGCACGGCGUUCACCUCAUCAUACGGUGCCCGUCACGCUCUGGGCCCUCGGGAGGCCAGUCUGCGAACCCUGCCACCUACGGUGCUUCAGGGCGCAGCGGUCUCCGGCGAGCGCUUCUCCCAGCUCCCGCCCGGCAACGUAGCGGGUCUGGGAGGCUCGCGGCCUCCUUGGAGGCCUGCCGAGCAGCUAGCCCGGGCGUUCCCUGUCGGUUUGCCGCUCCAGGGCGCCAAGCUAGCCGCUUCUGUCAUGCCAGAGGUCAGUCUCGAGAGGCUGAUCCCCUUAGUGAUCUUUUUGUCAGUGUGGAAACUUCUGUCGAAUGUGUCUCAGUGGGUCCUGCGUACCAUAGAGAGAGGCUACCGAAUCCAGUUUGGCUUUCCUCCGCCUCGUUUCUCCGGGGUUCUUCCCACCUUGGUGGGCCCCGUGCAGGCUCUGGUGAUGGGACAGGAAGUGUGCACUCUCCUGAGGAAGGAGGCCAUCGAGGUGGUCCCUCCUCACGAUGGAGAGUCCGGCUUUUACAGCCGCUACUUCAUUGUUCCCAAGAAGGAUGGGGGGCUGCGUCCUAUCUUGGACUUGCGGCAGUUGAACCUCUCAGUCGCAUGACUGAAGUUCAGGAUGCUCACGGUCACUCAGGUCGUGCCUCAGAUCAGCUCCAAGGACUGGUUUGUCACGAUUGACCUAAAAUAUGCAUAUUUCCAUAUCUCCAUCCUUCCCCAACACAGGAAGUUCCUGAGGUUCGCUUUCGGGGGUGAAGCUUACCAGUAUCAGGUUCUUCCUUUCGGCCUAGCACUCUCACCCCGCACCUUCACGAAGUGUGUGGAUGCUGCUCUGGCUCCUAUGCGACUCCAGGGCAUCCGCAUACUGAACUAUAUCGAAGAUUGGUUGAUAUUAGCUCGAUCAGAGCAGUUGGUGGUUCGGCAUCGAGAUGUCGUUCUCACCCACAUGAAGAAACUGGGGUUAAGGCUAAACGCCGGGAAAAGUGUGCUUUCUCCGGUUCAGAGAACCACUUACCUGGGCGUGGUGUGGGAUUCGACCAUGAUGCAGGCGCGUUUGUCUCCCGCUCGGAUAGAGUCGAUCCGCACGGCAGUCGCAAGAGUGAGGGAAGGCCGAUCACUCACUGUGAAGCAUUUCCAGAAACUGCUGGGGUUGAUGGCAGCAGCGUCCAUCGUAAUACCCUUUGGCCUGUUAUAUAUGAGGCCCUUACAGUGGUGGCUCAAGACCAGGGGGUUCUCCCUGAGGGGAAAUCCGCUCCGGAUGAUCAGAGUCACGAGGCGGUGCCUGCGGGCUCUAGACAUGUGGAGGAAGCCUGGCUUCUUGUCUCAGGGCCCGGUGCUGGGAGCUCCUGGUCGCCGCGUAAUGCUAGCGACGGACGCGUCCCUCACCGGUUGGGGAGCGGUCAUGAGUGGCCGCUCAGCCCGUGGUCUGUGGAGUGGCCGCUGUCUCACUUGGCACAUCAACUGCCUGGAGAUGCUGGCCGUGCUUCUAGCACUAAAACAUUUUCUCCCGGACCUAAGAGGUCGUCACGUGUUGGUGCGCACCGACAACAUGGCAGUGUCCUAUUACAUGAACCACCAGGGAGGUCUGCGUUCGUGCCCCCUUUACAGGCUGGCGCUCCAGAUCCUUGUGUGGUCCCAGGGAAAGCUCCUCUCGCUGAGAACAGCUUAUAUCCCUGGCCGUCUCAAUACGGGAGCAGACGCCCUGUCGAGGCAGGGGCCGAUCCCCGGGGAAUGGAGACUCCACCCCGAGGUGGUGGAGCAGAUAUGGCGGGUGUUCGGUCGAGCUCAGGUCGACCUGUUUGCGACGCAGGAGACGUCGCACUGCCCCAUUUGGUUCUCUCUGACUCAUCCAGCUCCCCUGGGACUGGAUGCUAUGACACGGGCGUGGCCGAGGCUGCAUCUGUAUGCCUUUCCCCCGGUCACUCUGCUCCCGGGAGUUCUGGAGAGAGUGCGCUGGGACGGGGUCCGCCUGUUGCUAGUAGCCCCGUUCUGGCCAGGCCGAGCGUGGUUCUCGGACCUGAUUUCCCUUCUCGACGGCUCUCCGUGGGAGAUUCCCGUCAGGAGGGACCUCCUCUCACAGGCGGGGGGCGACAUCCUUCACCCCCGCCCGGAGCUGUGGAAGCUGUGGGUGUGGCCUCUGAAAAUUUUCACUUCCUGGUGCGGAGACCGCCGGCUCGACCCUGUUCAGUGCCCAGUUGGUACAGUGCUGGAGUUCCUGCAGGCCCGUCUCUCCGCAGGGCUGACCCACUCCACCCUGAAGGUCUACGUGGUGGCUAUUGCGGCCUACCACGCCCCCGUCGGUGGUCAGUCAGUGGGCAGGCACCCCCUGGUUACACGUUUCCUCCGUGGUGCGCUGAGGCUCAGACCUCCAGUGCGAUCCCGGGUCCCUCCUUGGGACCUGGCCCUGGUUUUAGAGGCUCUCUGUGAACCCCCCUUGGCGAUUUUCUCUCUUAGGAGAGCUCACUCUACCCGAGGUGUGGCGGCCUCGAAGGCCUUUCUCACAGGUGUGUCCAUGCAGGACCUCUGCAACGCGGCAGGUUGGUCCACGCCCCUGAUGUUUGCCAGGUUCUAUGGCCUGGAUAUGCGAACCACUCCCGGCUCUUCUGUCCUAUUGCCUUGA